AUGUCUCAUUCUAGAAGACUUUCGUUAGAACCAGCAAUAGACUCAAUUACAGGUCGAGUUCGUGAUUCUUUGUCUUUACAAAGACGAGAUAAUGAUGACGUCAACAAACCCGAUUUCCGAGAACUCGAUCUAGGUUCUCCGGUUUCUCCGUUAAUGCCACGUGUCUCAUCUUCCUCUUCCUCUUCCGCUGCAGCUACUCCCACUAGCAGCUCCGGCUCCUCUGGCUCUGCUUCUGGUAAACCUUCUUCUUCUCAGAUCGGUAAGAGUCACUCCGGUGAGAUUUCCAGCUCCGGAUCCGGAAUGCCGACGAACCGGAAUCUUAAACCGGGUCAUAGAAGAUCCUCUUCCACUGGAACUCCAUUGAUCUUCUCCGGUUCUAGCUUCUACUCAGCAACUACCGGAACCGGUGGCGGUAACGGCGCGACGUCAGCGGUGUCUCCGAGUCCCGGAGUUCUACCGGCCGGCAACAUCUGUCCGUCGGGUCGGAUCUUGAAAACCGGAAUGGCGACUCGGACUUCAAGCAGAACAGAGACACUCUGCACAGGAACCGGAAACUACGGUCACGGUAACGUCGUACGAAGCGGCGGAGGAGGAGGAGGAAGCAACGGAAAGGCGGCGAAUCACGCGGCGGCUGAGAAUCCGGAGGAUGUGAAGAGGAUAGGGAACGAAAUGUAUAGAAGAGGAAAUUUCACCGAAGCUCUUUCGCUUUACGACAGAGCAAUCUCAUUGUCACCGGAAAAUGCAGCUUAUAGAAGUAACCGUGCGGCUGCUUUAACGGCGUUAGGACGGUUAGGAGAAGCCGUUAAAGAAUGUCUUGAAGCUGUUAGGCUUGAUUCUUCUUACUUAAGAGCUCACCAAAGACUUGCUUCACUCUAUAUUAGAUUGGGAGAAGCUGAGAAUGCAAGAAGACAUCUUUGUUUUUCCGGACAAUGUCCGGAUCAAGCUGAUUUACAACGGCUACAGACGUUGGAGAAGCAUCUCCGGCGAUGCUGGGAAGCUCGGAAGAUCGGAGAUUGGAAAACCGCAGUAAAGGAAACCGAUGCAGCCAUAGCAAAUGGCGCUGAUUCGUCUCCUCAGCUUGUAGCUUGUAAAGCCGAAGCCUUUUUGCGUCUUAAUCAGAUAGAGGAUUCGGACUUUUGUAUAUCUUGCAUUCCAAGAAUGGAUCAUUAUUCCCAUUCUCAACCGCAAGCUAUACUCUUUGGUAUGGUAGCUGAAGCUUAUGUGCUCUGUAUCCAAGCUCAAGUUGACAUGGCAUUAGGAAGAUUUGAGAAUGCGGUUGUAAAGGCAGAGAGAGCUGUUAUGCUCGAUCAGACCAAUCCCGAGGUAGUAUCGGUUUUGAACAAUGUGAAGAUGGUUGUGAGGGCACGUAUUCGUGGGAAUGAGCUAUUUAGUUCGGGGAGAUACUCAGAAGCGAGUGCAGCUUAUGGAGACGGUCUCAAGUGCGAUGAUUCCAACUCGGUUUUGUACUGCAACAGAGCAGCGUGUUGGUAUAAACUCGGUUUUUGGGAGAAAUCUGUUGAAGACUGUAACCAGGCGCUCAAAAUCCACCCGAAUUACAUCAAGGCACUUCUACGAAGAGCUGCUUCAUAUGGAAAGCUUGGUCGGUGGGAAGAUGCGGUUAGAGAUUAUGAGUUCUUGAGAAAGGAACUUCCGGGAGACAGCGAAGUUGCAGAGUCGCUAGAGAGUGCGAAAACUGCUCUGAUAAACAGAAGCCAAGAAUCUAAAAGCUUAGGAUUCAAUAACGAAGUUGAAGUGGUUUCAACUAUGGAUAAGUUCAAGAGCGCAGUAUCACUUCCCGGUGUCUCUGUGUUUUAUUUCAAAUCAUCAUCAAACCGACAAUGCGAAGAAAUCUCUCCAUUCGUUAAUACUUUAUGCAUCCGGUAUCCAUUAGUACAUUUCUUCAAGGUGGAUGUGGAGGACACCAUGGCGUUGGCGAAAGCAGAGAGUAUAAGGAAAGUUCCGACAUUUAAGAUAUACAAGAAUGGAGACAAAGUGAAGGAGAUGAUUUGUCCAAGCCACCAGUUUGUAGAGGACAGUAUAAAGCAUUUCCUCUUAUAA